AUGGCUUCCAGCAUCGUCGAAACUAUGGCGUCAACCGGCCCCUCCAAAUCCCCAGCAGCUCGUCCAAAUACGAUACGGGCGCCUUCCUUCACUCGCCAGAGCGAAGACAGCGAUCCUCUCCGAGUCCCGAAACGAGCUCAAACAUUCCAGAAUGGGACUGCGGCCGACCCGUUGACGACGACGACAACAACAACGACGACGACCGUAGCCAGCAAGGUCCAGCAGAAGCCAGCAGACGAGCCCGAGGGCCCUGAUGCUUUCGAGACUGCUGGAAGGCCGUCAACAGAUAACGACGAUGGGUUCGACGGCAGAGGCUCUGUGGACCUGGGUGAGCUUCCAAUUGAACUAGUUAGUCUGACUGACAGCUUCGUCGAGACUCUCAGCUCGAAAAGUCACCCCGCGCCUUUGACCAUCGACAAUGUUUCUGCAUUAUUCCAGAGUUUCUACGAAACCGCAUCCACACACGUCAACACACAUAUCUCUAGUCUGAUCACACGGCAUAAUCGGGAUGCAUCGCCUGCGCCGUCCGCGUCAUCCAAGGUCUCCACAGCUAGCAGGCUUCGAGCCAAGGCGGCUUCCCUCGGAAGCAAGGAUAAACCCAAAAAUCUCCCCAAACCAGAGCCGGAGCAGCAGAUGAUUACUGCCGAAGAACUCGCCAACAAGAAGAAGGCGCGGAAAGCAAUCGAAGCCAAGCGUGGCAUCAUCGAGGAGGCAGUGGAGCGCAGGCUGUGCGAAGGUAUCUACGACAAGAUCUACCGCCACAAGAGCACCCAGGACGAAGCGCAGGAUUCAAAGCUGCGAUCAAAGACCGCAGCACUCGCGCUGGUCGGCAUUGGACCGGCCGACCUGGGAAUCGAUCUUGGCGACGAUGCAUCUCAGACACCCGAAGCCGCUGCGGAAAAGGUUGAAGAGAUCAAGAAAUCGCUUGAGCAGGCUAGAAGAGACUUGAUUCUCAUGAAUGAGAAGCGAUACCCGCUCGGUAAGGUACACCACUUGAAAGCGGCACACAAGGAUAUUGUCGAGACUCUGGCGCAAUUCCACCCGUCUGCAUCCGCAGAUGAGAUUAUGCCUAUGCUCAUCUUCACCCUCAUCACGCUUCCUCCUGAACAUCUCAACGUUAUUAGCGACCUGCACUUUAUUCAGCACUUUAGAUGGGAGCCGAAAUUGACGGGCGAGGCCGCAUACUGCUUGACGAAUUUAGAAGCAGCCAUCAGCUUUUUGGAGACGGUCGAUCUGUCUACACUAAGGGCCGAUGAGUUGCCCCAAGGUCCUGCCAGAGGUAUCAGCCAGCCGGGCACUCCGCGGGCUGAGACAUUCCCUCCGGCGUUCCCGCCUGGACUGACGGUAACGGCGGAUCCUUCGGUGGAGACCGACUCUGGCAAUGCCACGCCAACGAGACCGCCUGCGUCGCCUUCCGCAUCGGCCGGGCUGCGUGCUGCGGUUCAAGCUCGGAAUAGAAGACUGAGCGAGCUCGUCAACACGCCUGCUCAGGCCAUUGGUGCCGCAAGUGACGCCGUGCUCAACACGGCCGAUCAGCAUAUAAAGACGAUCUCGACUAGUUUGGGUGAUAGCUACAAGUUCUUGGUCGGCAAGUUGCGCGAGACACAGGGCACUCCCACCGAAUCAGGCCAGGGGCUCGUCGUGCCCAAGACGCUCGAUGAUGCUCGAAAGCUGAUGAGCACCCCGCCUCCUGAGGAGGAAGGGUCCGUCAGCGGUGCCAGCUCGGUUCAUGGCACAGAAGAGGCCGAAUCUACUCGCCGGCCCCCGGUCCGCGAGGAUAAGGUGCUCAACCUCAUCGGUGGACGCAAAGUCAGUCGAGACCAUAGCGCAGAUAGCUCGCGAAGCGUCAACAGCUCGAGGAAGGUGCUCUUUGCCAAAGAAGGGGAGAAAGAUCUGCCGACGCCAUCUCCUGGAAACGCAACCAACCCUCUGGACUCAGUGAGGAACUUUGGCAAUUCGUUCUCCAGGUUCUCCGGUAUGAGCAUGAUCAGAGGUCUGAGCCGGACCGCAUCCACGCCCAUUGCGGCGAAGGAAGUACCUAAGGAUAUGACCAAGGAUGGCCUGGCUACCAAGGUAGCUGACGGCGGCGACCUUGCAAGCGCUUUCCCUGAUAUUGCAGCUGCAUUGCCGCCCAAGCAGAUACCAAAGAUCAGUCCGCCGAACAAGCGCUUCAUGGAGAUGCAGAACCCCGGCGACCUGAAGAUUGGCGAGGUUCUCGAAUUGCUGCGCGACUACCGACGGCUGGCUACUACACUCAAGGACAUGGGGGCCUUUGAGGGGUCCAAGUGA